AGUCAACUUGCACUAGCCUGCCUGGAAUCGAUACCAUUCAAGUCCGACCUCGCAGUGAGCUUCGUUGAUGAGUAUAGCAAAUACGUGCAAUGGCAGUCUACUAUCGAGAUUCUCAGAAAUCCACCCAUCGGCGCUAUAUCCGCAACAGUCGAUCUCGUUGGCGGCAUGUCGACUAUUCGCCAGAGAGCAGCUUCGAACCUUUACAAGUCUCAGUACGCCUUUGAUCAGGAUUUGUUUAGUCUCAUAAGCUCUGCAAACGACGGCCAUCUGGCUCUUUUGCCUUGCUCAUUUACCAUGAACUUUAUAAACGUGGAGGCUUCAUUGGCAUCGCUUUCUCCCGAUGGAGCGACUCUUCCCAAGCUCUAUACAUUGGACGAUGGCAUACUACUAGCAAACGGCAACAAAGACGUAUCUCCUGUAACGCUCAUCAAUGGAGUUGGCGCAGAGGCAUUCGUCGAACAGCUCAGCAAUAGCGCUGGUUUUCAAGAUCCCGAUGCCCGGUACAACAGUUUAACAACCAAUGUCCCACAUGGUCUGCUAGGUGGCGACAGCACAAACUUUGGUACUUUUGCAGAGUACGUGAGCUUCCCGGGAGUGCACGAAUUCAACAUGACCUUUGCGAACGGGACCCAAGCAUCAUUUCCGCUCACAGGACGAGUUCGGUCUUCGGUUGGAAAUUUCACCUUUACCACUGGCGAAGAGCUGUUCGAGGCAGUUUGCACUCCUACCACUACUGAUUCAUCAAGCAAAAAGUUCAAGAGAAACGGAAGCAUGGCGGAACUCCCCAAGAGGGAGGCAGAUGCGAAGCCUCUUGCAGCACCGAGCGGAUUUCCCAAGCCUGUUGUCCAAGACCCCAACAACCUCAUGGUAGGAUAUUUCCCCGAAGAAACAAGCCUCAAGGACGUUGCUGUCAUGACAGUGGGAUCCUUUGGAACGGGAGAGAUUAGCAACGAGGAGAUUAUCACUUUUGCCGUAAAGGCCCAGGAUUUUGUUGAAAAGUCUGUCGCUGCCGGCAAGUCCAAGAUUAUCAUCGACGUGACUGGAAAUCCUGGCGGCACUGUCGUCUCAGGCUUUGCACUUGUCAGCAUCUUCUUCCCCAACAUGACCCUCUUUUCUGCGACAAGAAUCCGCUCUGUGCCCGAAACCCAAUACCAUUUUGAGGUUGCCAGCCGCGUCACGGAUCCAGAACUCAAGGCGCAAUAUGAAUCAGCGGGUUUCCUCAUCUCAUCAAUUCUUCAACCAGACCAGGCCACAGGCUUUGCUAGUCAAGGCGACUUCUUGGGUCCUUUUGAUACACUUGGUGUCCCCUCAACGGCCAUUUCGGCUGAAGAGAACUUUAAACUCAACAACGCGACGUCAACCCCCAUCAACAUUUUCGGCACAGGAGGAGUGCUCAACGGUACGGAACCGCCCUACAAGCCCGAGGAUAUCAUCAUUCUUACCGACGGCCAAUGUUCCUCGACUUGCACCGUCUUCAUCAACCACAUGAUCCCAUACGGCGUGCGUGUUGUUGCAAACGGUGGCCGCCCACAAGUUGGUCCCAUGCAGGCGAUUGGAGGCGUCAAGGGCGCUCAAGUCCUGGAAUUGGAUAAUAUUUCCCAAUUCACCGAGUUCACGAACCAGGUUGUCCAGAAUGCCACGGAUGCCAAGAAGCCCAUCUUCACGUCAAAGGAAUUGGACGCGUUCAAGGACCAUAUCCCUUUGACGCUGGAUCAAUUGCCAUUGAGAAUCGCCUCGGGAAGUGUCAACUACAGAAACGCCUUUUCUCCGUUCAACGACGAGGUGCCUACGCAAUUUGUCUACCAACCCGCCAACUGCAGAAUAUUCUAUACCCCUGAGACGCUCCUCAAGCCAGAUGCCAACUGGGCCAACGUCGCCAACGCGAUCUGGGGCAAGGGAGAGUGUGCCUUUUCUAUUGCGCCUCCACCACCGCUCCUUUCCGUCAAUGACAAGCCCUCUUCUACUUCGUCUUCUAAGCCGGCUUCUACCACAGCUGCUGGUAAGAAGAAGACCCUGUCAUCCGCUCACAAGGCAGUUGGCAUUUUACUGGCCAUGGCAGAAGGCCUGAAGCCACAGUAA